GGAGUUGUAGUUCUCGGGAGAGGCGGUUGGCGGCCCCGGACCGAGCUCCGGCCUGAGGCGGAUGGCGGCUGUGACGCGCGGCUGCCGGUCCUGGGGCUCGCUCCUCGGGCUGCUCGCGCUGGUCUCGGCCGCGGCGGCCGCCUGGGACCUGACUUCGCUGCACUGCAGCUUCGGCACCUUCUGCGAAUGUGACUUCCGGCCCGACUUCCAGGGUCUGGAGUGUGACCUGGCCCAGCACCUGGCUGGCCAGCACUUGGCCAGGGCACUGGUGGUGAAGGCGCUGAAGGCCUUCGUGCAGGACCCAGCUCCCACCAAGCCGCUGGUCCUCUCCCUGCAUGGCUGGACCGGCACUGGCAAGUCCUACGUCAGCUCCCUGUUGGCACACUACCUCUUCCGGGAUGGCCUCCGCAGCCCCCAUGUGCACCACUUUUCCCCGGUCAUCCACUUCCCGCACCCCAGCCAGAUGGAGCGCUACAAGAAGGAUCUUAAGAGCUGGGUCCAGGGAAACCUCACCACCUGCGGCCGCUCCCUCUUCCUCUUCGAUGAGAUGGACAAGCUGACCCCAGGCCUGAUGGAGGUCCUGCGACCUUUCCUGGGCUCCUCCUGGGUUGUAUACGGGACCAACUAUCGCAAAGCCAUCUUCAUCUUCAUCAGCAACACCGGUGGCGAGCAGAUUAACCAGGUGGCACUGGAAGCAUGGCGCAGCCACCGGGACCGCGAGGAGAUCCGCCUGCAGGAGCUGGAGCCAGUCAUCUCCCGGGCUGUGCUGGACAACCCACACCAUGGCUUCUGGCGCUCGGGCAUCAUGGAAGAGCAUCUCUUGGAUGCCCUGGUGCCCUUCCUGCCACUCCAGCGGCACCACGUGCGGCACUGCGUGCUCAACGAGCUGGCCCAGCUGGGCCUGGAGCCCAGGGAUGAGGUCGUCCAGGCUGUGCUGGAUAGCACCACCUUCUUUCCUGAGGACGAGCAGCUCUUUUCCUCCAAUGGCUGCAAGACUGUGGCUUCCCGAAUCCCCUUCUUCCUCUGACUCUCCAGGUGGCGUCCUUGCCCUCCUCUACCUGGCCAGGCUGUUCAGGAAAGCCCUGGGUUUCUGCCAGGGAGACCCUGUCCUGAGCCUCCUGGAGAGUGGGCCCCGUAACGCAGAGUGAAGAGGAAGAGGGCUGCUGGCUAGCCCUUGGGACAGAGGGCCAGGCCGGCCCUGCCUCUGAACUGGCCUGAGGGCAUCUUGGCCUUUGCUUCCUUCCCCGGGGAAACCACUGGUCACCCCAGAACCUCACUGAGCCUUGAUCUUGCCCUCCAGCCUGAGCCUUCUUCAAAUGUGAAUUGUAACUCAGGGACUGGGGCUCGUGGCUGCUCCCUCCCUCCUCGGUCUGUUACCCGUGGCCCCUUGCUCUGGCACCAUACCCCAGCCCUCCCUCCCACACCUUAUGUCCCAGCAUCGUAAAGCCAGGCUGAGGCUUCUCAGUCUCCAUGAACAGAGGGACUCUGUCAUGUGGGCUUCGUUUUUAAAGUUUUUAAUUUUGUAAAAGAAGAAGACAAAUACAAUAAACUUAGCCAUGGGACCAGAGGAA